AUGACAAAAUAGAAUAUAUAGAUUGAAAGUGAAACCUCUCUCUGUUUAUUAAACAAUAAGAAAGCGGAAAUAUAAAGUCCUGAUAUUGGUUCUAAUAUAAUAUUUAAGCCAUUCGCUAAAUUAAUAUUAUAUUUCCACAUCGCCUCAUUUGUGAUUAGAUUUUAGAGAUAUUUUAAGCCUGAUGGUUCAUUUAUGGAUAAACAUUUUGCAAUUAUUGGAGAUAAAGGAUCAGGUAAUUCGAAAGAUUUUUUAGCCUUCAAGUCCAAAAAGCCAUCUUUAACUGUCGUAAACUUUGAAUCGGUUUCAUGGACAGUUCAUGUACCCUAUUUGUAUCGACAAUAUAAAAGAAAAUUAGAAUUUUUGGCUACUAAAUGCUUUAAUUAAAUUCCAUUAAUAGAACCAACAAACAAAAUAAAAAUGAUUUGGGAUAUAAUACUCAACCUUAUCCGAAUUGAAUUGUUGUACCUGAUCCCAAUACUGAUAACUUAUGAGAAGUUGUUGGAUCAAUAUCACCUGACUUUGAUUAUAGCUUCCUUUUGCUUUUUGGUAGACAUGGGAUUGAAGAACAUCACUAUAUACUUUGAUUAAGGUCUUCCUAUCAGAGACAGAUACCAAAUCUUGCACAAUCAAAAUGGUUUUUUCGUUUUAAUUGAAUUUUCAGGAUUGUUGGGAAUGUUUAUAUUUGCUGUGUUUUAUAAUUAUUAUGAUGAUGUAUUCAUAUUAAAUGGUGGAUACCUUAAAUUACUACUAUUGUUAGUAUUCUAUUAAAUAAAGAAUAUUUUAGUAUUUAUUGAUAACUUGUCUUAAUCAAUGUCAUUUGGAAAGGCAACCUCUGCAAUCAUAGAAUUGACUAGGUUGCUUGGAAUAUAAUUAAUACUGUAACAUCUAAGUUCUUGUCUAUGGAUUAUCAUUGGUAGAUACUGCCUUUAAAAUGGUAUAAAAAAUUGGAUUGAAAUUAAUCAGUUGACAGAAAGUAGUUGGGAUGACAUUUAUAUAGAAUCCCUGUAUUUUAUUAGCAUAUCUAUGUUUACAGUAGGAUAUGGAGAUGUCCAUCCAAAUAAUAAAAUUGAGAAAAUCUUUUCUAUAUUUUUUGUAUUUCUAUGCGCAUUUCAGCUCUCCUAUAGUUUGGAUACAAUAGGACACUUAUUGCAAUAACUGAAAAAGACGAGUGAACAAAUCAAUAAGAAGCUGACAUUCAUCAAUUAGUAUAUGCAUAACAAGAAUAUCAGCAAGGACCUCUAAGUUCAAGUGAGAGAAUACUUGCAAUACUUUUGGUAUUAAGAACAGACCAAACAAACACUACAGUAAUAAAAGAUCCUAAAUUAAUUGUCUGAUGAUUUAAGAAGGUCUUUGGCUUAUGAAUCAAAUAUUCUGGUGUUUAAGAAAUGUAAAGUAUUCGCUUAGGAGUUUUCUUAAAAGUUCUAAAAUGAUCUAUUGAAACAGUUAUCCUUUUCAAAUUACCAGCCUAGUAUUCAAAUUAAUACACACAUCGAUGGAGAGUUGUUUUUACAUAUAAUAGAAUCGGGGAAGGUUAAUGUGUAUGAAAAAAAUGAAAAGGAUAACCAUCUAACUUUGAUGGGAUCUCAUAAGGAAGGAGAAUGCUUUAAUUUGGAAUAAUUUUUCAAAUAGGAGAAAUAAGAUAGAUUAGUUUACAAAAGUGCUGGUUUUGUUAGUACUUUAGUUGUUCCUUUUAGUUUGUUUUAUUAAACUCUACAAGAUUAUCAGAAUGAUUUAGAGAAAUAUCAAGACAUUAAAAAUUAAAUCUAAUAAUCUUAGUUCCAAUUAAAACAAUGUGUCUCAUGUGAUUCAAGAAGACAUCAAUCAGAUUUAUGUAGAUAAGUUCAUUAUAUACCUGAUAGAGAGAAAGUCUUAAAAUCAUACAUUUAUAAUUAAUGUUAAGAGAGAUAAUUUUUUGUUAGAAAUCGAAAUCGGUUGAAAAACUACUUCAGUGCAAAGGUUGAUAUCGAAUUUCUGAAGGAGGCAGCAAAUUUAGUGAAGGUUAGCAAUGAGAGUCACACAUUUCUUAAAUUUCAAGAUUUAGAAGAGCUGAAUAAUGAUGAGAGUAAACCGCAUCUGAAAAUUAAACAUGAUGCUGAUUCUAUUUCUCUUUUGAUCAAAGAAUUUGAGAGUAAAAGCUACAUUCCCGAUGGGAAUUCUGAGCUGAAAUUACAAUAGUCUUGUUCUCGAUCUCGAGGAUUGAACCAAGAAGAAUUCAAUGUUCUUCAAAGUAUAAAUUAAAAACUAAGAAAUAAACAAUGUUUUACCUCUCAUGAUAUUGAACAAAUGGAAUUCACAAUUAAGAAAUUAGAAUUAAAUUACAAUCAUCAAUUUAUCUAAGAUUUUGAGAAGCUAAAAGAAUUUAAAAUUUACAACGUAAAUCACAAUGUUUCACAAGUAUUAAAGUGCUAAAACUAUCCAAUACGAAAACUUUAAUAUAAUAAUUCUAAUAGUUAUGAAACUUGCCAACUUAGUUAGGCUAGUUAUUUAUUAAAAUACCUAUUGUACCCAUUCGAUUUUAUAAAUCAAUAUAGAGUUUUGAAUUUGAACGAUAUGAAGAGAAGUUAAAAGAUUUCGAAAGUAUAGUAAAGACAAAGAAGAAUGUCGAAAGAACUUCUAUUAAAAAGAAUAGGUAGAAAACUGAUAUUUAGAAAGGCAUUACAGAUUCACCCAGCCAAAUGA